GGAUUCGACCUUGUCCCCAGUCUCAUCGAUCACCAGGUUAGGACUCAUCUCAGUGAAGCCUGUGAGGAUAUCCCUGUUGCUGCUACUGGAACUAUAGAUCAACCCACCAGUCACCAUGUCAUCCUUCUUCUCCCGAUCAUCGACCAAAUCCGCCAACUCGGCGUCAUCAUCCCUCCAUUCCAAGGCUACAACGGGGAAAGAAGCGCCCCCUCCCACACAUGAAAUCUAUACAUCUCCCUUGGAAGGUAUACAUCCAAGUAAGAAAUGGGAAUAUGACGAGGAGCAGCUGCAAAAGAUCCACGAGCUUCAGGAAUACACAGCUACGCUUCUCUUGCCUGAAUCGGAUCCCUACCACGUAUGGGAGAAGCGAUUCCUCUCUGAUCCAGGGUGUCAUCCGAGAUAUAUGCGAGCUGCAAAGUGGAAGAUGCACGAUGCAAAGACGAGGAUAAAAGGGACGAUAGAGUGGAGGAGAGAGUUCAAACCGGAUUUGAUCAAGCCAAGUGAAGUGGGAGUCGAAUCCGAGACGGGCAAGAUCAUCCUCAGUGGAUUCGAUCUUGAUGCUCGACCCAUCCUCUACCUACGUCCCGGAAGAGAAAACACAGAAACCUCGCCGAGACAAAUUCAGCACUUGAUCUACAUGCUUGAACGAGCGAUAGACUUCAUGCCCCCUGGACAGGAACAAGUCGCCAUCAUUGUCGAUUACAAAUCCGCCACAUCCUCUUCCAAUGUCUCCAUUGGAACUGGUAGAAAAGUCCUCAGCAUCUUACAGAAUCACUACGUUGAGCGUCUUGGACGAGGUCUUGUCAUCAACAUGCCCUGGUGGAUCAAUGCCUUCUUUGCUGGAAUCUCACCACUCAUGGACCCCAUCACUCGAGACAAGAUCCGAUUCAACGCCAAAUUGACCGAAUUGUGUCCGGAAGAUCAGCUUGAUUUCGAGUUCGGUGGGACUUACAAUCUUGACUUUGAGUUCGAUUCAUACUGGAAGAAAAUCACCGAGUUCUGCUGUCUCGCUCCUGACGGUACACGCGUAGAUAAGAACGACAAAGCAUGGAUUCCACCUCUCGGGAACGGAAUCCAAGCCGCAGUAGACGGUCUGGUUCCGGCAGAAGGGGCGACACAAACGGGAGAAGUCGUGCAAAAGGGCGAUGCACAAGCUGGCAAAUCCACAUCUGCAGAGAAGAAGCAGGAUCCGACACCCGCUCAGUUGUUCGCGGCUGAAGCUAGACGAUCAAUGGAUCCUGAUCGAAGAGACAUGCCGGUGGUGGAUGGGAUGAACAACAUGUCCAUCUCUGGUUCCACCGAUUCUGCCGGUGUUCCUGAGCCCCCGAGCACUACUACGAAACCUGGUGAACCUGUGGGCGACGGUCUCGUAUUUGAUCACGAGCCGAGCAAGGACGAGGUCAAGGAGGCUCUGAAGGCAGUCGAAGCAUGACAUGAGCGGGAUCGCGCGAGUGGGGAAGAUUGAAAGGGAAGGGGAGGGGAGCUCAAAGUUGGACUCUGAACAGAGGGUGAAGGAGGUCAUAUAGACUAGGCAGCGGAACGACUAUCUUAGACGACUAAUGCAUGCUGAAGAUCAUACUAUGCACGACGUAC